AUCACUAGCUGUAGCUCCAACAACCGCCUGAUUUAUGCCACAGCCAUUAUCAGCCGAUCCAUGUUACCUUAGUUAAAGAAAAAGAGGACUGAGGUGUCAACAAUGUCAUAUUAAUUAAAAAGAAGGGGACCGACAUAUUAAAACCACCACCAUCUUAAUGCUCUCCAGCUCCAGCAGCUGAAUAAUGGCCUUUCUGACAGCGUCAACUUAAAACUGAUAUUAUAACCCGCGCACUAAACAACAUUCAUGUGGAGUUUGACAGUCGAUCGAUGUCGACGCUUGAUGACGUAUAAUUUCAGCGCCAUUUGACAUGCUUUGUGCUGUUAUGGCGAGAUGACUUCAGCCAUCCUCUCAGCGUUAAGUGUUCUCACCAAACCUAUUGCUGAGGCGUCUGUGCAUGGGGCUCAGUGUUCAGAGCAGGAGGCCCUGCAGGCGGCGCUGCAGGCUAACAGAGCUCUGCUCCUCCAGCGGCUUGAGAGUGACAGCAGCUUGGAGGAGGUGAGGAGGCUGAGGGAGGAGGUGAUGGUGGCGGCAGUAGGCUGGUUCUCUUACGAGACAGAAGACUGCACGUGGAGCUUUGUGCAGGAAUGUCUUCUGCUGCUUCUCGCUGUAGCUCGGCACCUCUCUACUGAACUCGAGUGUUUCAAGCAGGGCCAAGCUCAAACUAAGCGUCGCACAUCUGAGAUGGCUCCACCUUUACCUCCCGAUGUUCUGAGUGUCACCCACCAGAAGAUCCUUGGAGUUACUCUUCAGUUCGUGGUUUCUCUAGGGCUCUGCCCCUACCUAUCUCCUGGAGUGGGGGUGUCACUGGGUCGCAGGUCCACCUUUGGAGCAGUGGUGGAAAAGCUUGCGUGCAGUGGUACGAUGCCAGCAGCAGGACGCCGCCUUCUUACCACCACGAAUGCGCUGCUGCAGUUCGCUGAGCUGUCGUCUCUUGCCACAUUGGUGUUCACGCAGCAUCUGGGUGACGUGAUGGCAGCAUUGUGCCAGCUGGGCUACCAGCCCCAGCAGGCAGAGAGAGGAGGCCAACAGGUGCAUAUGAUGCUGCAGCUCAAUAGUGAGGAACGUCAAAGCUGCAGAGAGGCUCUCAGGAACCUCUUAGAAAAAGUCUACCAACCAAUCGUUGUCAAGGAGCUGCUGAUCCUCCAAGGUGGACCCAAACAGUCUGGUGCAUUGGGCGGAAGAGCAGCUUCAGGAUCUUCUCAGGCCUGGCUGAGGCGUCUCUGUGGCCAGCUGCUCUCUGAGCGCCUGAUGCAGCCCAAUGGUGUCCAGGCUGUAGUUCGAGCCAUUCUGGAGGGAGGAACAGGGGGCGAGUCAGACUGGAGGAAAUGUGAUGCUGUUGCCAGGAUCCUGGUGGCCUGUCCUCAACAGUCUGCCUCAGCGGACAGUUAUUACAGACAAGUUUGUCCUCAGAUCCUUGACCUCCUGCACUUCAAAGACAAGCCCACAGCUCAACAGUUCCAGCGCGUCUCCACCCAGGUGGUGCUCUCCAUGGUGCAGGAGAGGCCCACCUUUGCCCAGCAGUACUUGCUGACACCUCUGCUCACACCUCUCCAGCGCUGCACCAGUGCCUCAUACCAAGAUAAUUCACAGGCUGCUGUGGAUGAGUGGGAGUUGACGAGGUGCGUGGAUGACGUGUACAAGAUCUGGGUAAUUGGAAACAGUCCAUCAGCCCUUUUACUUAAAGCUCUACAAAAAGUUGUUCCUGUUGUCUUCACACUGUUCUGCUUCACCAAACAGAAUGUCUCCCACCUACGCGCCCCCUGCCAGGAGAUCUUGCUGUGGUACCUGAGCCACUCUGAAGCAUCUCUGUCAGCGCUGAGGCAGCUUUCAGGUCUGCAGCAGCAGGAGAAUGAUGUGGUGGCAGGUUUCCACUUCAGCCCAGGCAGUGAAGGAGGAGCCAAGUUCAGGCGCAGAGAGAGCAGCAGUGAUGAGGAUGAUGCUCUGUAUGAGAAACUAUCAGGAGAGCAGUGGAGACUCGAGUGUCUGAUGCAUCUGCUGGCUGAACUCAAAGACUCCGAGCUGCCAGGAGACUUCUUCCUGAGCCUACUGGAGGAGCUGACCAGCUGGACCUCUACAACAGCCACAGAGGAAGAAGAACAGGAGCUGGAUGUGUCGGCCAUGACUCUGCUGGAGGUGGAGCAGCAGCUGUCGGGCCGAGCUGCGAGACGGGGUCAGAGGCUUGUUUUGCUUCAGACGCUGGCAGCAGUGGUUGAGUCUCUGCAUCACACGGUGCUGCUGAGAAAAAUCACACAGGUGUUGGACUUCAUUGUUUCGCUGAUUCAAAGGGCCUGUAUUGAUCUGGGUCAGGCCAUUGGAAACCCAAUAGAGGGCCAGACUCUAAGCAUGGCCAUGGGAUUGGUGGCCACUCUGCUGUCUGGACCUCAGCUCAGUGCAGAAGACUAUUGCGCCAUGUCGAGGCUGCUCCUGCCAUUGGAGACGCUGGCACAGCAGCACUCGGAUGUGGUCGUCCAGGAGCUGGCGUCCAGCCUCAGAACUGUCAUUGCCACCCAUGGCGCCUACCAGCCUGCAAACCUCAGUGCUGCAGCUCAGUCCUCCAAAAACCAUGAGCCCUUGAAGAAUGAUAAUGAAUUUUCCAAGAAAAAGCAAAAACUACAAACUGGAGCAAGCAACGCAAGGAAUAAUCCUCCUUUAUCCUCGCUGGGCAAUAAUUCACCUGGAGGACCUGCAUCAGAAAUGAAUGUACCAGAUGAAGGGAGGACUAGGGUCCAUGAAUCGCCUGCUAAGCCUUUUUCUGAGUGGCUGCUGGAUGCAUGUCACCCGGAUGUGCCAACUAGAGCCUUUGCUUUAAGAAUUCUUACCCAGAGGGUUCAAAGCAGAGAACCAGAAGCCGUCCAAGCCCAGGAGACAGUGUUCAAGCUCUUCUUAGAAAACCUGGAGCAUGAAGACUCAUUUAUUUACCUGUCAGCUAUUCAAGGGCUGGCCGUUCUGGCUGAUUCCUACCCUGAGAGCAUCCUGACAAGGCUACUGAGAGACUUCCAACAUGGCCCCUCGCUCCCUACAUCUGACAAGGAGCACUCGCUGGAGACCCGUCUCAAAGUGGGAGAAGUCCUGAUGCGGGCAAGCAGAGCCAUGGGUGAACUGACGCCCCACCUCGGCCGUCCUCUGAUUAGCAUCUUUCUCCAAGGGACCAAGGACCCAGACCAGAGUGUUCGUGCCAGCAGUUUAUCAAAUCUUGGGGAGCUGUGUCAGAGACUGGAUUAUGCCUUAGGACCACUGGCUCAAGAGCUAUGCUCCUGCCUGAUGGCGGUGAUAAAGACAGAGAAGGAGGCAGAGGUGAGGAGAGCUGCUGUCCAUGUCAUCGCCUCGCUGCUUCGAGGACUUGGUGACAAAACCACCCAGGUUCUCACAGAUGUUCUGCUGGAUCUGUACCGGGCUCUAAAAUGGGCCAUUCGCUGUGACCCAGAUGAAGUGGUGGUGCUGCAUGCCCAGCUGGCUCUGGAGGAGCUCGAUGGCGUCAUGAAGAGGCUCAUCUUUCCUCAACAGAAGCUGGAGAAGAAGAUCGUCGUCCUGCCGUAGAACUCUGAGCCGUGUUCUGCCUGUAUGGACGACAGUGAGUCGGAACACUCCACCACAGGGACGCACUGUUGUUCUGUUCAGUCACUGCCAUCUGGUUUAUAUAUUUUAUAUAAAAUCCUGUAAAAUGAC